GACGACGACAUCAACUGCCAGUUGUCGGGGCCGUGGGUCUCAGUCUGCCAUCAUGCCGUCCGCCAACUGUUUGCGGAGCUUCUCGCAGCUGUCUCUCGAUGCGACUGCUCACUCGGCCGCCGCCGCGCGAUUCGUGCAGCCACGCGUGGCCUGCUUCUCCACGUCCGCCGCCCGCCAUGCGAACCCCCAGAUGAAGAAGAUGGGCAUGUCAGCCGCGCCAAAGAAGGGAGUCAAGACGCUGAACACCAAGAAGAGCAAGGGCGCAAGAAACAGCGACAUGGGCAAGCGACCAGCGCAGGGAGAGCGAAAGGCGCAGCGCAAGCGAAUCGUGCUCAGCAAUAACAAUGCAUUAGAGGUGUCUUCGCUGAAGGAUCUGAGCAAGGCGAAUGUGCUAAGCGAGGCGAAUGAGGGACUCGUCAUGGGUCUUCCCGAGCCGGUCGUCGAUGCGCUGCGAGACGUGGAGGCGUUCAAGACCACUCAGGGCUGGAGCUUCUUUAGGAGACCGGCAGUGUUGAUGCGGAAAGAGGCAAUCCAGCUCGUGAAGCUAUUCCAGGAGGCAGAAGAGGCAGCCGCUGGCACCAGCAAGAGGACCGUCCGCCGCAUAUUGACUGGAGAGAGAAAGGGUGGAAAGAGCACACUACUGCUUCAGGGUCUGGGCACGGCUUUCUUGAGGCAGUGGUUUGUUAUCAACAUUCCAGAGUGCCAGGAUGUUGUCAAUGCCCACACCGACUACGCCCCUCUGGAAGGCUCUGAGCCCACCCAGUACACACAGGAUACCUACACCGCGGGUCUCCUAUCGCAGACCCUGAAGGCUAACAGGGCGUACUUUGAGCAAGCGAAGAUCACCCAAAAGCACGAGCUCCCCGUCACCCUCCCAGCGAACGCCAAGCUCAAGGACCUUGUUGCGGUCGGCAUCGCCAACGUAGAGGCGUCGUGGUCAGUCUUCAAGGCUCUUUGGACUGAGCUGUCACAGCCCGGCCAGCCACAGAUCCUGCUUGCUGCUGAGGGACUUUCGCACAUCAUGCAAAACUCCGCAUACAUGAAUGCCGACGUGAAGCGCAUACACGCCCACGACCUGACCAUUGUCCGUCACUUUGUCGAUCAUCUGUCCGGAGCCAGGCAGCUGCCGAACGGCGGAAUGGUACUUGCUGCAACAUCAAAGUCCAACGCGCCCACUUCGCCGGCUCUGGACUUCCGUAUCAGAUCAGCAGAAGCUCUCAAGAACAACAUCGAGCUCCCGCAAUGGGACCCUUACACCAUCGUCGACAUGCGCACCAUGAACGCUCUCAAGGAUCUCGCGGAUCCCAAGGCCGAUCUCGAUGUCCUCGAAGUGGGUGGGCUGAGCAAGGAAGAGGCGAAGAGUAUCAUGGAGUACUACGCAGAAAGCGGCAUGCUGAGGCACCAAGUCAGCGACAGCUUCGUUACUGAGAAGUGGAGUCUGGCGGGCAUGGGCAACAUUGGUGAGCUCGAGAAGAACAGCGUGAGGACCAGGUUAUGAGCGUAGAAGAGCGGGUUUGGAUCAGUGUCGUACCAUCUGUUGGCAUGUAAACCUUGUAGUAUAUGUACAGCAAUCGCAUACACCGCUUUAGGGCGAUGUUCUCAGUCAUUCUUUCGAUCAACCAAUGUCAGAGGGACGUUCAGCCCCACGCACUUUCCAAACGCUCCUAUCCACAGCAGCAGGUAGUCGUACGCGGUGAUGUUUCGUC